AUAUUGUACACAUGUGAAUGUACACUUUUUCAAAGUAAUUCUUCCGACAUAUAUAUAUAUAUAUAUAUAAUAUACUUGGUGCACGUGCAGUUUUGUGUGUGUGCUUUAGUGUAUGUGCUACUCUUUUUGUGUUGGUUGCAUGUUUAAAACAAGUUUUACAAACAUGUUCAAUUCCACCACCCGUUAAAUCGUUGGAUUAAAAUCUUCGAUUGAAUUAGAACAAAGAGAUCGGCGGAGCGAAGGAUGCUCAAGCACGUAUCAGUCUCGCCGUGGCGUGGCAGGGCUGACAGCGUUAGUCUAGCAUCUAGCAGUGCUAGUAGCUGCGGAAGCGGAAGUCCAACCCCCGCACACACACCGCCACCCUCGAGAGCUUCAUCAUGCGCCUCACUCGCACCCCUAAAUUCUCUGUCGAGUUUUUCACCCGCCGACACUAAUCCACAACAGACCACCAUCAAAGUAUACGCGAACUGUUUGCGGCCCGAUAUCGAGUACAAAACGCUAAGCAUCAGCUACGAAACGACCUGUCGAGAAGUGGUUCAAAACCUGUUGAACAAAUACAGAAUGAGGCACAGAGAUCCUCGCCUGUUCUACCUCACGAUGGAGGUGACCGUGAGGAGGGCGAACGUUCGGACCGUUUUACCCCUUGACGAAGAUGCCAGGCCUGCAGUCCUGCAGUCCUGUCAUCCCCCUGGCGAUUCGAGAUUUUCGCUACAAACUCGUCGAGGAGGUUUGGUCAAGAUAUACGAUAGUGCGUUAAUGUCUGGGUCAAAGUACAAGAGCCUCUUGGUUUCCGAGCACACGACAGUUGACGAGCUCAUCCAGAUGCUUCUGAGCUGUUACAGCUCGAGUGAAAGGGUCGAGCAAUUUUCUUUGUACGAAGUGUGCGAGGGCGAAGAGUACCAAAGAAAACUUCACCCGGACGAUUCACCUCUUAAAGUUACGCAGAGGUGGACAUCCAUCGAUAGGCACCUUCGCAUUAGACGAAAUCCUGACUACAAUCCCUACAGGAGAAAGAGUAUGUGGACUUCGGAUUCAAGUAUAACGAUGGCGAUGUCGAAACUCCAGUUGCACAGUAACAUGCAAAAUCAUCAUCACAACCAACACCUGCGCCACCAUAACCAUAACAACAACAACAACAAUAACAACAACAGUAGUAGCAAAAAUAAUCACAACCACAACGUACAUCGCCAAAUCCAUCAGAAUAAUAAUAACGUAAGCAGUCACGUGCAGAUGUUGCCCGUUCAGCAAUCCCGCGGCGUUAUCCCUCAUGUUUCGCAGAUCACCAAAAGCGUGCCAUCGACACCUUUGACCGGGAAGCAUGUUUCAUCUAGUUCGGCUUACGGCGACUACGAAAACUACUUUUACAUAUAGAUGUAGCUGCGGUUACCAGGCGAUGAUUAUCAAUACACAAUUAACGACGGUGAAAUUGAUGGCAAGUUAUUAUAGUCGUUGAGACAACUUUUGGAAGGUUGAUACCGUUUUUAAAAAAUUGUAACCAAACUCAAUUCAGAAUAAUAUGCGAUCUCAAAUUUGGAAUAUCAUAAUUUAAAAAUCACGGCAAGAAAUAUUAUGGAAAUCUAGGGAUUACUUUUUGCGGUUUUGGUCCACCAUAUUGGAUCGGCCAUUUCAAGUUUUGUAACCAGACUCAUUAUUCAACAUCACA